GCAGGAAGUCCUGGCUGAGACACAGUCAUUGCAUGAUGGUAAUGCAGAAGCUUUGAUAUAAUGUUUCCGAGAAGUGGAGUGAGUGACACAAAUACCAUAGAAUAUGACCAGACCAUGCCUCCUCCUUCUAGGAUACCGCUUAAACGCAAGACAGCUACUUACACUUCCAAAAUCAUGGGUCAAAAGCAGACAGUGGACACAGCACCUGAAGAUGAUUUGGCAGUUUUUGUGGGUAGAGAGGAAGAUUUUAAGAAAUCAAAGAGAAUCAGAGCUACAGUGAAUGACAGGGAAAUUGUGAUAUUUUACCAUAACGGUCAAUACCAUGCAAUGGACCUUCGCUGUUACCAUUCAGGGGGACCAUUGCAUCUUGGGGACAUUGAGGAAAUCAAUGGCCAGUCUUGCAUUAUCUGCCCAUGGCACAAGUAUAAAAUCACUUUGACCACUGGUGAAGGACUGUAUCAAGGAAUUGACCCUCACGCACCUAACAGGACACCUAAGUGGUUCUCCAAAGGUGUGAAACAACGGAUACACAACGUUACUGUCAGAAAUGGAGGUGUCUAUGUGACACUGUCAGACCUGAGCCAGAGCUGUGACUCUGACCACUAUGCAUCCGAGAAGUUUGAAAAAGCUGAAGCAAGCACCUGAUAUUUCCCAUCUACUCAUCAUAGUCAUAGUCCUGAACUGCUGCUCUAGUUUUAUGAAAUAUUAUUUGUUUAAAAAAGUGACACCACAUUUCUCUAAUGUGAAAAUAUUUGGCUACAUCAAAAGGUGUAGGAAUCAUAAAAGCGAGAGAUGUAACUUCACAAUCAAGUUGCAUGUGAUUUACUUUAAAGACAUUGCAGGUUUUUUUGUUUCUUUUUCUUGUUGAAUCAACAAAGAGGAUAAUUUAAAAUGUUAAACCGUUUUUUGGGGAGAAACCUCUGCAAAGUAGAACUACUUUUCUUUUGAGAUUUGUCAAAGCUUCACUGUCUUGGUAUGAAUACUGUCCUUAUAAGCCAGCAACUGAUUCUUGUUGUGUAUUUUCUGUUAGUUUUAAAGGGACAUUAAACACUUUAAGAUGGUAAUAUAAAUUGAUAAAUCAUGUUUAUAAAAAGAACUCUGCAAUUUA